UAGACUUUGUGAGGAUCUGCGCAGAUACUCAGAUCUACACAUAAUCUCAAUGUUCAAUUUAGUCAGAUUUAACAGACAUCUAGGUGUACUGACUAGCGAAUAUGUGCAGUACUUAGUUUGGGUCAACCCUAGUGAGGGAGUGUUUUUGACCGACUUCUGGGUGCUCAUGUGAUUCUUUUUUGCAGGACCGGAGGUGGUGUAAUGGCAAGUGACAAAUACCAGAUAGUGGUACAAGGCGAGCCGUCAGAGACCGACUCAGAUGAUGAGGUAUACAUCACCUCCCUCUCUCCACAUUCAACAGCCGGAGGGCAAAAGGUACCAGGGGAAGCAUCUGAGACUGACAGCGGGGGGGAGGUUGAGAGAGUACGUAAAUGUGUCAUUCCUGCAAGCUCUGAAAACCCACAAAUAUUACGCAAGGACUUAACUCCCCUGCUUGUGAUCAGAGAUAACCCUGACAUUCCGUCCGCGGUAGAGGAGCUGGUUGUGUCUAGGCCUGAACACAGAGGGCUCUACUACAACACUUUACUCCAGCUGAAAUUACAGGAGAGCAAUGCACGUCUGUGCACGGAUGUGCCCCAGACCAUCAAACAGGUGUAUGGUAAUGCCACAAAGGAGAUACGCAUGGCCACAACCCACCUAAACAGCUCCCAGAACGGCAUCAUCAACGCCUCCCACAGCAUCCGACUCAUUCUGGACGAUCUCAAGUCCGUCUCAGAGGGAAUAUACAUUAUCACCAGCUGUUAUCUACUCCCCGAUAUUACCAUCCCCUCCUCUCCCACUACCCCUAUUCUCGGACAGUGAUGUGCCCCAUUCAUUGUUUCAUAUGUAUUAUGUAGGCUAAACAAUGGACCUGGGAGUAUCGUUAUUUGUAAAAGGCACUUGCAUUAGGUGAAUAAAUUAUGCAUGCCAUUAUACUAUUACUGCUCCAUGUUAUUCAGAUUAUUCAUUGUAGUUGGUCAUAAAGGAUUGCUUAUUGCUCUCGAUCAUAGGUUCAAGUAUUUAGCUGUUCACAAGCACAUGAGAUGUCUAGUCAAUCUCUGUAUUUUCCAAUGCACCAAACCUUGUGUAGGCCUAGUGCACAGCCCACUCUUGUGGUGUCAGCAAGGCACUGCAAGGGAUGCGACCGCUGUGGUCAUUUUUUGCGUAGGCCUAGAGUUGAAGAAACUACAGAAUCCCCAUUUGCUAACAAAACAAUGACAACAUUGAAUUCUAGGUUGUUAUCAUCGUGCGUCGCUUUAUUCACAUUUCAGUCAUUGAACCGCAAUUAGGCCUCGACUUUAGAGAACAUUUGAAGGAACAGUUAAAACAAUUUAAGAUUCAGUGCAAUCCUUCCAAAGAUAUAAAAAGUGUUACAAAAUUGAAGAUAAUGUUUUCCGGGGGGUUUGAUUAGCCAUUAUUUUUGCAGUCACUGACAUGUCGGGUGAGACUGAGCAUUUGGCAUGGCACCUAGGAAGUGCGAACUGAAAGUGAUACAUUCUCCCAAGGUCAUGUCUGAUCUCACUUUUAUUUAAAUUUUAUUUUACCUUUAUUUAACUAGGCAAGUCAGUUAAGAACAAAUUCUUAUUUUCAAUGACAGCCUAGGAACAGUGGGUUAACUGCCAGGGGCAGAACGACAGAUUUGUACCUUGUCAGCUCGGGGGUUUGAACUUGCAACCUUCCGGUUACUAGUCCAACGCUCUAACCACUAGGCUACCCUACUAGGGCUGGGCGGUAUACCGUAUUUUACUAUAUACCGGUUUGGGUUUUUACUUUACCUUCUAUAACGGUAUUUUUAAUGUUUGGUUUGUUAAAUGUGAUAUGCUGUGUGUACUCCGCUACUUGAGUCAUCCCUCCGCUCUCUCGCUUUCCACGCCGCUUUCCACACAGACCUAGUCCCACCUCCUGUCACUCAAGGAGCGCAUUUGUUGUUGCUUGACCACGCGACACUUUCGUUCAGGCUGCAUGGUCAAUGCAGCACAUGCAACAAUGGUGAUGACAACGAUGUUGUUUCCACUUUGAUCUUCAUAUAAAUCCACAUGGGUUCUAUAAUUACAAUAUUAGUUUGUGUUUCUUACAUCUGCAAACAGCUAGUUAAUAUUCUCUUAGCAAGUUAAGCUAAAUCGUGUUUGCCACUAAUGGUAAUCGCUAGUUAGCUGGGUAGUCAGAGCAAACGUAGCUAGCUAGAUCUCACUGCUGCUCCAAUCAACUAGAGAUGCUCCAUCGAGUUGACCCCCUGUCAGCAGCUGUUGGUAUUUCAUUGGCAAGAUCAACUUUUCCAUCUAGAGAACAAUGCAGACAUGACAUUGUGUGACAUAUACACAUAUACACAGUUUAUUAGGUACACCAAUCUAGUACCGGGUCGGACCCCGCUUUGCCUCAAGAACAGACAGACUUUUUCGGGCAAUGGAAACGUUGCUCAGUCGGUAUCAAGGGACCAAAUUUGUGCCAUAAAAACAUUUCCCACACCAUUACGCCAUCAGCCUGUAGCAUUGACAUCAGGCAGGAUGGGGUCAUGGACUCAUCCUGCUAAUGCCAAAUCCUGACUGCCAUCAGCAUGAUGUAACAGGACCUGAGAUUUGUUGGUCCAGGCAAUGUUUUUCCACUCCUCAAUUGUCCAGUGUUGGUGAUCGCGUCCCCACUGGAGUUACUUCUUGUUUUUAGCUGAAAUGUUCCACCGGGAUGUUGGUCCAUGCUGACGUGAUGGCAUCACGCAGUUUCUGCAGAUUGGAUGGCGGUACAUUCAUUCUGCAAACAGCCCAUCCCAUCUCAUCCCAAAUAUGCUCUAUUGGGUUGAAGUCUGCCCACUGCGCAGGCCACUCAAGUAUUCUGAACUCGCUGUCAUGUUCCAGACAACGUUUUUCCACUCCUCAAUUGCCCAGUGUUGGUGAUCACGUGCCCACUAGAGCCGCUUCUUGUUUUCAGCUGAUAGGAGUGGAAACCGGUGUGGUCAUCUGCUGCAGUAGCCCCUCCGUGACAAGGAAUGGCGAGUUGUGCGUUCUGAGAUUUCGUUCUGGAACCCACUGUUAUACUUCGCCGUUAUUUGUCUGUUUGUGGCCCGCCAGUUAGCUUGCACGAUUCUUGCCAUUCUCCUUCGACCUCUCUCUUCAACGAGCUGUUUCGCCCACAGGACUGCCACAGUUAUUUAUUUUUUUGUCGCUCCAUUAUCGGUAACCCCUAGACAUUGUCUUGUGUAAAAAGACCAGUAGGGCGUCCGUUUCUGAGAUACUGUGUCCGGUGCGCUUGGCAUCGAUGAUCAUACCACGCUUAAAGCUGUUUAGGCCUUUCUAACAGUAUCUGAAUGCCUGUCAGCCUGCUUUAUAUAGCAAGCCACGGCCACAUGACUCACUGUCUGUAGGAACGAUGUACCUAAUAAACUGGCAGGUGAGUGUAUUUUGAAUGGUGCCAUUGGACAUGGUUGGUCGUCAUUCUAAUGGGCACCGGGGGUUAAUGGAAAAGGUUAUGGCGUGUGGGAAGUUACAUCAUUUGUGAUUGCUCGCAAGGGACUGUACCGUAUGCAGUCUGCUGCUAUGAAUGCCACGCUUGUGAGCUGAGCGCUAUUAGCACACAUCGCUCCUGAAACAGAACAUUUCAAGGUCACUGACUUGCCAUUUUUGCAUGUUAACAAGUACACAAUAGCAGCAGACUGAGGGAAACUGUCAAACAAUUAUUUUACGGGUGCAUUGGGUUCUGUUGUGACUGAUCUGUCUGAUUCAAAAUUCAUUUGAUACACUGAUGGACUUGGCUAAAUGAGUUAUGUAAAUGCCAUAAUAAUGAUCUAUGCAUGAAACUGUAUACUGACCUCCAUGAUAUACUAGCUUAAUAAUUCUAACAGCAUAAAGAUUCUUAUUUUUAACAUACCUCUUUGCAGAUGUCCUCUGCGCAUACUGAUUACUGUUCUAAUCCGCAGAUGGCUUUGACUUGGCCCUGUCUCUCAGGCUGGUUCCUGCUCUAACCCAAGCCAGUUUUACUUUAAUGGAUUGGUCCAAGUUGACUGUACACAGUCUGAACUGAUCAACACUGGAAGUCUACCUUAAGGAACCUUUCAGUCUCCAGAUGAUCUCUGAGCAUGUGGGGCUCCAGACUGGUGUCACUGAACACCUCCCAUAAGGUCUUGGCCUGGAUGAUAUCACCAUCAGCGCCAUCAGUGUCAGCCCUCUGCUGGUGGUCCUCUGAGCAUUGCAGGAUCCAGCUCAGACGGCAGGGCCAAAGGUUGGCCAUCACCACCCAGGCAGCAAGGUCUUUAGCUUUGGAGAGGCCCCCGUACUUCAUUGCAUCCAUGACGAUGACUGUCACCCCAGAGUUUAUUAUCCUUCUCAUAUGCACAUGGUUUGCCAUAAGAUAAACAUGAAGAGGGUUGCAUUUGGUAUACAUGGCGUGUCAUGCCUCAUUUGUUAGCGCCUUGACUUUCUUGGCAUAGAUCUUCCAACGGAUGCCUUUUUCUAGUGUCUGCCUCGCUUUGACCCUUUCCAGUGAACGGCACAAUGUUGUCAUCAAGCCUGCCUUUUUCAAAUGCAGAGAACUUCCCAGCCCUGUGUUUUCCUCUCUUAAUAACUUUCCAUCAGUCAGACUCUAGAUGGCUGUCAGCGAAGGUUUUAAAAGCUCUGCAUUUGGAGUCAGGGAACAUCUCAGGCUCUGAGAAAGGCAGGGUGGCCAUCCUGUUUAGAAAGUUGUAUGCGGCCUCUCGAGUGGCACAGCGUUCUAUGGCACUGCAUCUCUGUACUACAGACCUGGGUUCGAUCCCAGGCUGUGUCACAACCAGCCGUGACUGGGAGUCCCAUAGGGUGAUGCACAAUUGGCCCAGCGUCGUCCGGGUUAGCGGAGGGUUUGGCCGGUGGGGCUUUACUUGGCUCAUCACGCUCUAGCAACUCCUGCAGGCUGACUUCGGUUGUCAGUUGAACGGUGUUUCCUCCGACACAUCGACGCAGCUGGCUUCUGGGUUAAGCGGGCAGGUGUUAAGGAGUGCGGUUUGGCGGGUCAUGUUUUGGAGGAUUUUUUGGCCCACCACCAGUCUGGGGUCCACAGCUAGGAUGGACACGAACAGGACAUUCUCCCCUGCCAGCAGAACGUUCGUAGCCUCCAGGGUGCGGAUCACCCCGCCUGGGCCGCAGCGGUCCAGGUGGGUGAUCUCCAGCACUACACGGAUGAUCCUCCCCUCGAACACCUCCAUGAAGUGGAUGAAAUCCACCAUAACACCCACCUCCUUCCUCACCUUGUUCAUAAAGCCCAUCUGGUCGCUGACGGCCGAGCUGUUCAUCUGGUGCUGGAUACUGCUGCCCAUGGUGUAGAGCAGGUGCUUGGAUGUCCGCCGAAUAGUCCUCAGGGCGAAGACUGCGGGAAGCCCACAGUGUUGCUAUGGCCAUCGAUUCCAGCAUUCUCCAAUGCAAAACAAUACAGUGGCAAGGACUACAACCCAGACGGGGAGGCAGAGCAGCUUUAUGGCUUUCCAAUUGACCUUAUCACCUUCGCUCGUGCCUUUCUUUGGGUAGGGAUGCUGGGUUGCUCUAUAGAGGCCCAGGGGACGUUUCCAAAAGUUAUCCUGGAUGGCCUUGAAGAGGCGGAUCACCAACCCAGUCCAGAGUUUAUCACCGCCUGCAAAUGCCAGGCCCUGAAGUGCACGAAAAUCCGCCUCACCCUCCCUCCACACGGGACGGAAUAAGAUGAUGGCGAGGAGGGCCAAGUAGCUAAUCCACGCUGGAGGAGGGAGCUUCAACUCGUGCUUCUGUUCCCUCCACUCUGCCUCUGUGUUCAUGUAAACUGCGAAUGUAGAAAGAGUAACAUAAUUUGAUUGUCAGAACAAAACACGCAAAAAUACAAGGUCACGUGAAGUCAACCUAAGUGUUGAAACUUACUCUUGCUCUUCUUCAGUAGAGUUUCAGUGCGGCUGGGGCGCUGGGAGAACAGACUUACAGGGGCCGGAGGUGGCACCUAGAUACAUGCUCUGGACAGGCCAUAUGCCUAGACAUCAUCCAACAAGGUAACCUUCUUGUUUAUUAAACCAGUGUAGAGGUAGACAUGGCAAUCCAAUAAAAGAUGAUAUUAUCUGUGUCACUAAACACGUCAGAUACUAACUUUCCACUUAUCUUCUCCGUCCAUUUGUCUAUCGUUCCAAUACAUUGUCCAUACCGAGGGAAUAAAACCGAUUAUAACAUUCAUACGGUAUAAGAUGGAACACUUUCGAUUCGCGAUCACUGCAACUGAUAUAAACUCCAAUUACCAGUGAGUAAGGAUUCGUUGUUAUUCUACAAUGUCAAUCAAAUGCUGGCAGAAUUUUUGUUUUCUCCAAGAAUUGAGUCAUUUCAAUAAAAAUCUAUUGUAGAUGCUUAUGUAUCGAUGUUGCUUGAAAGAUGUUUCAAAUCAAAAUGUAUUUUUCAAAUCAAAUGUAUUUAUAUAGCCCUUCUUACAUCAGCUGAUAUAUCAAAGUGCUGUACAGAAACCCAGCCUAAAAACCCCCAAACCGCAAGCAAUGCAGGUGUAGAAGCACGGUGGCUAGGAAAAACUCCCCAGAAAGGCCAAAACCUAGGAAGAAACCUAGAGAGGAACCUGCUAUGAGGGGUGGCCAGUCCUCUUCUGGCUGUGCCAGGUGGAGAUUAUAACAAUUCAUGGCCAUCAUUAGUUAUUCAACGAUAAUGUGUAAGGGCUAAAAUGCAGCACUUUCAGACACUGGCCAAAGUCAUACAGAGUAAAUUACCAAAAUAUAAUGAGCGGAAUUAACAUAAUCAUAAACAUUAAGACAGCUUUUCAAUAAAAGUUUUAUGUUGUACUGCAGUUCAAUGAAGGGUAAGCCCAAAGUUAUAUUCAAUCAUGUCAGGAAGCUGCAGAACUUGGCUGCUCAAUAAAUUGUGACCUGGUUGUAUCGAUAACUUCGAGCAUGUGUUUGCACAAAAGUAAUUGCCUCAAAUAUGUGUUGACGGUUCACCAUCGAUUUCAGCUACCAAUUCUAUCACGACAGAUUUCUACUGCAAAGAAAAUGAAAACACAACCUCACACACACACAUUCACCUGAUUGUUCUUUUUUUCAUUAGAGACCCGAACAAAAGUACAAAUGAAGUAUCAACAUUUGGUUAAUGAAUAAUACCAGACAGCCCUUUCCAAUGACUUUUCUUUGGAGUAUAACCUAUCAGCUAGUUUUAACAGAACAUUACCUCCAUAUCUAAUUAUUAACAUUGGAUUAGACAUUUCCCUCUCAAAAGAAAGUAAAACCCAGUCUUACCCGUGUCUGUGUGGGUCUCACCACAUUGAAGUCAACAUACAGACUGGCCCUCUGUAGAAACCAAUAACACUAGUGUUGUUUACCCCACGUAAAAACCCCUCACGUAAAAACCCCUCACGUAAAAACACCUCACGUAAAAACCCCUCACGUAAAAACCUGACGCAUUAUCAGAUCAUAUGUGAAUGAAAGUCAGAAUUGUGUGUAUUUUGCCAGAUGACUUUGAGUCCUACUUACAUACCUAACGGCCAUGGCCCAGAAAGCAAUAUUUGCUGUGUUUAAUUCUAACAAUGGAAAUUGUAAUAUUGUGUGAGUUUAUAAUAGAUAAAUGAAUGACUUCAUCCCCAUGGGGCGGCAGGGUAGCCUAGUGGUUAGAGCGUUGGACUAGUUACCGAAAGGUUGCAAGUUCAAAUCCCCGAGCUGACAAGGUACAAAUCUGUCGUUCUGCCCCUGAACAGGCAGUUAACCCACUGUUCCUAGGCCGUCAUUGAAAAUAAGAAUUUUUUCUUAACUGACUUGCCUAGUAAAAUAAAGGUAAAAAAAAAAACAUUAAUAUUCACAACAUUAACCAUACAUCUAUAUGAUUCUUGGCCUUGGGACAGGAGUGCUUCACGAACGCUUGAUUUUCGACUGGUCUUUGCUCGUCUCUCGCUGAUUCUCAUAUCCUUCCUUAUUAUAUCCACUCUCUGGCAAAGCUUCAAAUAGCUUUGACAUUUGCACACUGUCCUUGUCAACCAUGUAUGGAAUUGCUGUGAUUGAUAGCCCCGCCAGAGACCAGUUGUCACGCUCGGCCCACGGGGGUUCCCUCUUGGUCUAAUGGACGUUGGCUUCCCGAGUGAGAGUUCACCCGUACCAAUCCCACCUAUUACAGAAAAUAUGAUCUCUUUCUGUGUGUUUUCCCAAUGACAGCUAGAACACGAUCCAUGUAGCCCAAUCCAUAGACUCGCAACUCCAUCAUGAUACAGAAUUCAGUAUGUCUGUCGCCUGUAGACCACUAUGGAGGCCCACUGGACACUGUGAGUGAAAUAUAGAAUGUGCAGUGUGAUCCAUGUAACACACACAGGUCUGUAUGUCCUAUGUACUGUACACUCAGUGGCCAGUUUAUUAGUUGCACCACCCCAUUCACGAAAAUGGUUAGCGCCUACAGACAGUGAGUCAUGUGGUCGUGGCUUGCCAUAUAAAGCAGGCGGACGGGCAUCGAGGCAUUCAGUGACAGUUUGACGGAACGUUGGAAUGGGCAAACCGAGUGACCUAAGCGACUUUGAGCGUGGAAUGAUCGUCGGUGCCAUGGCACUGGAUCCAAUAUCUCGGACACGGUCGGCCUCCUAGGCUUUUCAUGCAUGACCGUGUCAAGGGUUUACCGGGAAUGGCGUGACAAACCAAAAAAAACAUCCAGUCAGCGGCAGACCUGUGGGAUCGAAAAUAGCUUGUUGACGAGAGCUGGAACGAGAAUGGCAAGAAUCGUGCAAGCUAACAGGCGGGCCACAAACAGGAAUUGUGGUUUCUGUUGUGUCAUGCUGAUGGCAGAGUCAGGAUUUGGCGUAAGCAGCAUGAGUCCAUGGCCCACUCCUGCCGGGUACCAACGGUACAGGUUGCUGGCGGAAUGUUUUCUUGGCACAUGUUAGGUCCCUUGAUACUAAUGGAGCUACGUUUCCAUGCCCUAAAGAAAUCGGGCUGUUCUGGAGGCAAAGAGGGGUCCGACCUUGUCCUGGAUGGGUAUACCUAAUGAACUGGUCACUGAGUGUAUAUUUAGCAUACACACAUACAUAUGCUCACACUUAUCAUGCAUUGCAUAAAACGUUAUCUAAAACUUUAACAUAUGACAGUAGGCAUAGGUCAUUUAUGCAGCAUGCCACUGCCUGUGACAAAUUUGAUAAGCUGGUUUCUGGUGACAUCUGUGAGAUUAAAAACUUGACAUCG